AUGGAGCUGUACAACCUCGAGGAUGAGGAUACCCUUCCGUCCGAGAUGCACGUUCCAUCCGUCUCAGACAGCCAGGGCCUCAACAGCAGCGACACCCUCAACCAGGACCUGGAUCCUAGCACACAGGAUCUGGUCUACACUAGCCUGAGCAGGCUGGGCCUGGACCCCAGCCUGCCGACGCCUGACAUGCCCAGUGAGGUGCACAAGGACAAUUUAGACACCCUGUCCCUGAGAGGGAAGGACAGUGAUUCUGUGAAGCAGCUGGAGGAAUAUGCAGAGCCUGAGUCGCAGACUUCCUCCAAAGAUCUGGGUCUGGGCACACUUAAGGUGCCUAAAGAGGCUGAGGAAGGGGGCAGGACGACCUCAGGGAGCACCAGGAAAGGGAAGCUAUCCCACAGCUCUCCCCAGAAACCGCUUGUGGACUGCAGCCUCUGCGGGAAGGUGUUCAGCAGCUCCAGCUCCCUGAGCAAGCACUACCUGACGCACAGCCAGGAGAGGAAGCACGUGUGCAAAAUCUGCAGCAAGGCCUUCAAGCGUCAGGACCACCUGACAGGGCACAUGCUUACCCACCAGAAGACUAAGCCGUUUGUGUGCGUCGAGAAAGGCUGCAGCAAGAGCUACUCUGACUGCCGCUCACUGCGCCGCCACUACGAGGUCCAGCACAGCAUGUGUGUCCUGAAGGAGGCACCCCCAGAGGAGGAGCCCUUGGGGGACUUGCCCCACGGCCACAAGGCGGCUGGCCAGCCGGCGCCCGGUGGCCUGUGGGCCCUGGCGCCCCCGGAAACCAGGUCCCCCGGCUCCCUGCUGCCCAGCCAGGACUUUCUGCGAGGCAUAGUCAGCAACAUCGUGCAGCAGCAGAUGCCCGCAGCGCCCUCGGAUUCUGAGUCCUGGGGGGCGGCCGGUGCCUGCCCGGCCGCGUCAGGCUCCUCCACCUGCACCCCAGCCAAUACCCCGCAGGCCACGGAUGCUGAGGGUGCCAAGGAGCCGCGCCCCCCAGGCAAGGAGCUGGCCAGCGCUGACAGGUUCACGGGCGUCCCCCCGAAGGAGGGGGAGAUCCGGAAGAGCAAGCCCAAGGGUGACUCCCAGUCCUGGCAGAGUCCCGGGGAGCCCGGUGCCCAAGACGCCGCGAAAGGCGGUGGGCCUUCGGCGGAGGCCACGCCACUCUUCCGGCCGCUCUUCCUGAAGUCGUCGGAGUCCCUGGUGAGCCACGAGCAGAUGCAGGUUUUCCAGAUGAUUACCAAGUCGCAGGGCAUCUUCACCGCAGUCCAGUUCCCCGGGCCCAAGGCCAAGCCGGCCGCCCUGAGGUUGCUGCCCGGCUUGUGGCCGCAGCAACCCGCUGUGGACACUGUCCAGGUCAGCCCUGGAAAUCUGGAGCCCGAGGGGUCCUCAGCCCACAGGAAGAAGUCCACGCCGGCCUUUCCCUGUGAGGCCUCCCCCGGCAGCGCGCAGCAGGAGGCCAAGGCAGGACCAGAGACGGUCACCGCUCCACCAUCCCUCUCGUCCUCGGCCGUGGCCGUGGACCCUUCUCCUAACCCAGACGUCUCUUCUCUGGCCAAGGGGCUGCAAUCUGCAAAAGGGACACUGGACUUGGGGGACAUCUUCCCCUCCACCUGCCCAUGGCAGAGCCAGCCAGGGGGUGAUGAGGCACCUGGUACCCAGCUCCCUGGGAAGCAGGCCCAGGCCCAGAACCGCACAGCCUCGGGGGCCAAGAGAGGCAACAAGGGCCCUGCCUUCUCCCGGGGCACAGGCUACAGACUCUCCUCAGGCAACUCCAGGGCCCAGCGCUUUUCCGGCUCCCGGAAGAAGAAGGUGAAGAUGGAUAUUUGCAGUGUGGCAUCUCCAAGCCAGGUAGCCAUGGCCUCCUUCUCAUCAGCUGGGCCUCCAGCGGAGCCCUCACGGGAUGCCAAGUCCAAGCUGACCAUGUUCGACAGGAUCCAGGGUGGAAACAUCUACGAGGUCCCCCACCAGGUGAAGGAGGAGAACAUGGCAGCUAGAUGUAACCAGCAGAAUGGGGGGUCUGCAGACUGGACAGAGCCAAGGAGCACUUAUGCCUGCAAGAACUGCAGCCAGAUGUUUUACAGCCUUAGCAGCCACAUUUGUUUCCACAGUGACCAGUGGUCGUCGCCAAGCGGGAAGCAGGAGCAGCAGGUGUUUGGCUCGGAGUUUUGCAAGCCACCAAGACAAGGGAUGAGGCCAGAUAGGGAUGGGCAGAGCCCUCCAGGAGCCAAGAAACCCAUGGACAAUGCAGCAGCAUCCUCUCUGGUGAUCCCUGUGUCUGUCCCUGUGGCCCCUGGGACCUGUCCCUCAGGGAGCACAGCCAAGGGACCAGACGAAGAUGGGGAAGAGCGAGACAGCAGCCAGUACAGAAAGCAGAAGAAGCAUCCCCAGGCCAAGGCCAUGUUCAUCCCUCCUGCAUGCUCCACAUCUGGGGAGCCAGACCCCGGUGGACACCACCAGAGCUGCCUGCGGCCCCCGGUGUUCCUGGUGGACCAGCUCCUGGAGGUCCUGCCCCAGUGCUCGCCCUACACGCCGCCCCCCAUGCUCAGCCCCAUCCGGGAGGGCUCAGGGCUCUACUUCAACACCCUCUGCUCCCAGGCCACGGAGGCGGGUCCCACCAAGCUCCUCAGCACUGUGCUUGGUCCAGUGGAGAGCUCUCCUGGCAUCUUUGUGGUGAAGGACGACACCAAGAUCAGCAUUGAACCACACAUCAACAUCGGGAACCAGUUUCAGGCUUCGAUUCCGGAGCUGCAGGAGAGGUGCCUGGCUGACAUGGAGGAACACAUGGCCACUCUGGUCUGGAAGCCGUGGGGAGAUGUGAUGACCAACCCAGAAACGCAGAACCGAGUGAGAGAGCUCUGCAACGUGGCUUGCUCCAGCGUGAUGCCAGGAGGGGGGACUAAUCUGGAACUCGCGCUGCACUGCCUGCAUGAGGCCCAGGGUGAUGUCCAGAUUGCCCUGGAGAUGCUCCUACUCAAGGAACCCCAGAAGUCCUGGACUCAUCCGCUCUCUGACUAUCGCUACACAGGUUCGGACAACUGGACCCCCAUGGAGAAGAGACUCUUUAAGAAGGCAUUCUGUAUCCACAAGAAGGACUUUUACUCGAUACACAAGAUGAUCCAGACAAAGACGGUUGCCCAGUGUGUGGAGUAUUAUUACAUCUGGAAAAGGAGGAUCAAGUUUGACUGUGGCCGAGCUCCAGGGCUAGACAAGAGGGUCAAGAGGGAGCCAGAGGAGGAGGUAGAGAAGACAGAAGAGAAGGCCACUUGCAGCCCUCGGGAGAGACCCAGCCACCGUCUAACUCCCGAGUUAAAGACCAAGAGUUACAGUACGGAGUCCAUCCUCACCUCCAGCCCCAACAUAGGCCCCAAGAGGACACCUGAGCCGCCAGGGAGCAUGGAGAGCCAGGGUGUCUACCCAUGCACAGAGUGUGAGAGGGUGUUCGACAAGAUCAAGAGUCGGAACGCCCACAUGAAGCGGCACCAGCUCCAGGACCACAUGGAGCCCAUGGUCAAGGAGAAGUGGGCGGAGAAGUCCUUCCAGCUGAAGGAGGACGAAGAGGAGGAGGAGGAAGAGGAAGAGAUGGGGGCUGACAUCAGCCCUCUGGAGUGCUGA